UGAAUCUUAUAGUGAACCAUUUGAGUGGAGUCGUCGACACAGGCCACAAGUUACAAGUUUUGUAGUUCUUGAAUUUGCUUAUAAUGUGACACUAGCACAAGCCCAAGAGUGUAUGCUGGAGAAAAGCAUGAUGUAUGGCCAAAAACCUCGUAAAAUGGCUAAAGUAUCAGCUAUGAUAUGUGAGUAUUUUGCGGAAGCAGUGGGUGCAGUUCAAAGUAUGGGACUAGAGCCAUAUCACAAGUGGAAAUUCUACACCGAUUUCAAAUGCCGAUAUUAUGGUGCUCUUACUGCCCUAUUCCAGGGCCAAUAUGUCCAAAUCCGGUUACGGCAAAUGGGGACUUGUGUGUCAUAUUACCGACGAGCAGUAAAUCUGCUUUGCCGAGCUCGUUUUAUAUCAGAAAGUGGUGGUAUAAUAGCUGCUGAGAUGCUAAGAAGGGUUUCUCACCCGGAAGAGACAGCCAUUCAUCUACCUACAAAGUUUGAGUGUCUCCAGAGCCACGUGGAAGAACUGCUCAAACCCCGUAACACACGGAAAGAUGACCCUAACUACUAUCUAGCUGCUUCGAUGUCAAAAGAUGAAGAUUCAGAAGAUGAUGACUACUACUAUUACUCAGAAUCAGAGCAUGGAAGCCCAGGCAAUGGUCGAUCUGCAGCUAUUAAAGGCCAACAUGUCCAAGACCAGUUACAGCAAAUGGGAACUCGUGUGUCAUAUUAUCGACGGGCAGUAAAUCUGCUUGGCCGAACUCGUAUGAUAUUAAAAAGUGUGGGCAAGACAGCUGCUUCGAUGCUGGGUUUCUCACACGGAAGGGUUUCUCACCCGGAAGAGACAGCCAUGUAUCUACGUACAGAGAUCGAGUGUCUCCAGCGCAACCUGGAAGAACUGGUCGAACCCAGUAACACACGGAAAGAUGACCCUAACUACUAUCUAGCUGUUUUGAUGUCAAAAGAUGAAGAUUUAGUAGAUGAUGACUACUACUAUUACUCAGAAUCAAAGCAUGGACGCCCAGGCAAUGGUCAAUCUGCAGCUAUUAAAGAAUUGGAAAUCCGGAGAAAAACUUUGGAAUUUGCAAUGGAUGUGGCUGUAGCAAAGUGGCGAGAAGCUAAGUUAGACAAUGAGCAUUUCUUUCAUCAACCUGUAGUGCCUGUGCUGUCUGAUGACGACGAUAGCGAUUGCUUAGGAAAGACUCCAUCUAAAACUACUCAUCGUCGUCAGUUAGAUAAAGUCAAGGGUGAAUCUCUAGUCAAGCCUAUAGCAUUUAGAGUUGAUGAUCCUGAGUUAUUAUAUAUUCUUGAAGUCUAUAGUAUUGGAAUGUAUAUCGGACUUUCUAAUACUAUAUUAUUCAAGGAUCUAGGGCCUAAAGUUACUCGUCAUUAAACUCCAAUAUAAUGGUAAUAUUAAGUUAACAAUACUAUAAUUU